UUUUGUAUGAACAACAAAUUUUUGUAGUGUUCUUUUUAAGCUUUUUAAGAGUGAAAACGGUGACAAAUCUUUAAAAACAACUCUCCUGAGGCAAGAAGAAAGUUUAUUGAUUAGAUUCAAACUUUAAAAAUGAUGCAGGACAAGGAAACUCCCAUGGAUACCUCUGAAUUUGAAAAUGACUUUGGCACAAUCGAGGUUAUUGAAAGAGAAUCUGUUGAAUAUGAAGACCUGUCCAAGUUAUUUAUCACAGAAUCUGGAAAUUAUUCGAAACAAUUUGCAAAAAUUUACACAGCCAGGCUUUCGGAAUUGUCGAAAGUACUUGCUGAAAAAUGUCGAAAAAAGUGGAAGGACGUUAAAAUUCUGCAGCUAGCUGAGCUCGCUGACAGCGAGGAAGAACGUUCUAUAGUAAUUGGAACUCUGUUCAAAAAUCAGCAAUGGAAACCUUCGAUUCUGAAGCAAUUGUGCGAAGACGACCAAUUACCAUUGCCAGCAGCGAGAGAUGAUUACUGUGGUGACGAUGAUCAGGUUUUUCUCGAGGAUGAUACGUCGCGCAUUAAAUUAGUCGGAAGAAAUGUAAAAAGAGAGGAAACGAUCACCGGAGUUGUUUGCGCAGUCUUGGGCCAUCAAGACGCAUCCAGCGCUUUUCAGGUUGAAGAUUGGUGUUUUCCUGGUUGCUUGCCACAAGAGAAACGAGAUUCAGAAACAAAAGGAAAGGUAGUUUUGGUCUCCGGUCUCGAACUUGCAAACGUACCAGAAAAUUUGGAACUUAAUUUAUUGGUAGAAUGGCUUUGCGGAAUGAUUGGUGAUGAAACUACUCAAAAGGAAGAUGCUUCCAUUGUCAGGGUUAUUAUUGCCGGAAACAGUAUUAAAGGAAAUUCGGACACACACGCAAAUAUGGGACUUCUGGGUGGAAAAGCUCUCGAUGUUGCUGCCGCAAAGGAAAUCGCAAUUGGUACGAAAAGAAUGGACGAUUUGCUUAAAGAUUUAGCACAAGUUUGCUGUGUAACUGUAAUGCCUGGCCAACACGAUAUCGCGACAUUCAUGCUGCCUCAGAAACCUUUGCAUCCGUGCAUGUUUCCUGAGUCACGAAGAUAUAAUUCUGUAAAAGGAGCGACAAAUCCUUGGAUGGGAAGACUCGGAAAUCGCCUCAUUUCUGGAACGAGCGGUCAACCAAUCGACGAUUUAAUUAAAGUCAGCGGGGCAAAUAAUCAUUCCCCAAUGGAAUGGCUCGAAAAAACUCUUGACUGGCGACACUUUUGUCCAACUGCUCCAGAUACUUUGCCUUGUUAUCCUUAUCACGAAAAGGAUUUGUUUAUUAUGAAAGACUGUCCAGAUAUUUAUUUCGCUGGAAAUAUGAACAAGUUCGAGACUAAAUUAUGGAAAGGAGACGAUGGGCAGGUUGUAAGACUGAUCUGCGUUCCACGAUUCUCCACGACGAAAACGGUCGUUCUUGUGGAUUUGAAAACUUUAGAAACUCAGACUGUAUCAUUUGGUACGGGUUAACUUUUAGUUAUUUUUAUAUCCAUAGUUUUUAAUGUGUAUUAAAUAUUUUUUAUCGAAUACCAACUGCCAUUUAUUUCCUAAAAUAAAAUUUGAUCAAUGUUAAUAUAAGGCUUUUUUUGUUCGAUUGAAAUCGAUAAAUAUUUAGAAUACUUUGAACGCUUUUGCAAAGCAGUAAAUACAUUUUUAGAUUCUGAAUUUCGAGAAAAAAAAAAUCAAUAUAAAAAGUGAGAUCACAUCGACAAUCGACAAUCGACAAUAAAAAAAUUACGAAAUUAUA